UGUUACGAAAUAAAAUCCCUUCCGUAGGAUGUUGAAAGUUUUGAAUUUAUUAAAAACCUUCGAACCGGCGUUAAAUGGCAUUGCCCGAGUUCAGUCCAGUGCCGUAGCGUUGCCGAAAGAAUGGCGUCAACCGCGCGAGGUGUGGCUGGAGAACAUGAGCACGGUGAAGGAACAGAAACUGGGUCUCCUCAUGCUGGAUAAUGCUGUUUUUGGUGCGGCCCCUAGAAUCGACAUCGUGCACCAGAACAUCGAGUGGCAGAGGAAAUACCGGUUCGUGAGCUUCUCACAUGCCAAAACCAGAAACGAAGCACGCGGCGGAGGCAGGAAACCUUGGCCACAGAAGGGUCUCGGUAAAGCGAGACAUGGCUCGAUCCGGUCUCCGCUGUGGCGGGGCGGCGGUGUUGCUCACGGACCACGCUCACCAACGACCCACUUCUAUAUGCUGCCAUUUUUCAACCGCGUGCUAGGCCUGGUGUCCACCCUGUCGAUCAAACUGGCCCAGGACGAUCUGCACGUGGUGAAGGAUCUGGAAAUACCUACCGAAGACCCGCAAUACCUGCGAGACUUGGUUGCCGAACGUUUCUGGGGACCGUCCGUGCUGUUCGUGGAUUCGUCCGAUGUUCUUCCGCGGAACAUAUCGAUAGGCGCGGAUAGCAUCGGCCACGUCAACUUGAUGCCGGUUUACGGGCUGAAUGUGUAUUCGAUGCUGAAGCACAACACGCUUGUCCUGACGGAGAGCGCACUUCGAGACAUCGAACAAAAGUUGUUGGAGCAUUUAAAUCGGAGUGAUGCCCGCUCGUUGAUGUGCAAAUUUAGACACGACAAAUAAACGAAGCGGACGUGGGUUUAGUUUCUUAGCGUUA